AUUUGGGAUCGAAUUGGGAGAACGGUGCUGGUUAAUCACUUCAACAUCCUGAAGGUUAGUUGGAACUCUACUGAUGAUGUUUAUGAGGAGUUUGUGCUGUGAAUGUUGCUGUUGAGGCAGGGGACGAGCUUGAGCAGAACUGUGAAGCUUACAAAGCCCCCCAAAAUGAGUGCCGAAUAUGACCAAUGCAGAGAAGAGGACUUGAAGGGAAAACCAUGUUUGGGUUAUAAGCGCAGAAUGACAUUCCUCAAUGGGACAAAUAGCUCAAGGAAUUUUUGGUUCAGUUCACAUGAUAGUGGCAGUAUGACUCCUCCUAACAGGGCAGGUACCUCAAGCAAUUUAUGUUUCAAUCCAAGCUGUAAAUGCAGUGCGUCAUCCCCUAAAGGGACAAGUGGCCCAAGCAAUUUUUUUUCUGAUGAGAUUAAUGUGAAAGAAAUGUUGGACUUCUGCAACCCGUUUGGUUCCGCCUGCUACAGGUUGAUGAGUCCACUGCCUGAGCAUGGAAACCUGUGGAAGUAUGGAAAUGUCUUUCAGACUUGCAGUGGAAGUGUUUCUCCAAGGGAAUUUUGGCAACCUCAGCAAGCUCCGGAUGUGUGGAGAACACUUGAGUGCAGCCUCGAGGAGCUUUACACUGGUUCAAUCCGGCAGGAGAUGAUUACCAGAAAUGUUGAGAUUGAUCAUGGGAAAAUACUGACUGAGACGAAGAGCUUGUCGAUACAUGUGCUACCGGGAUGGAAGAGAGGAACCGUUAUAACUUUCAAAGGUGAAGGGGAUGCUCCUUUGAAUCAAGUCCCUGCAGAUGUCUACUUUUUCGUUGAUGAGAUGCCACAUCCAAUUUACAAAAGAGAAGGGCAUGACCUUGUUGUUCAGCAGCAUAUUUCACUUACACAGUCACUUGCAGGAACCACCAUCAACCUCACAACUCUCGACAACCGUAAUCUAUUAAUCCCAUUGACUGACACUGUAAUAACACCUAAUUACGAGCUCGUGAUUGAGGAUGAAGGAAUGCCAAUGGCAAGGCAAAAGGGCAAGAAAGGUUGCUUAAGGAUCAGGUUCGAGGUGCAAUUCCCGUCGAAGCUGACUCCAAACCAGGAGACAGAUCUCAAAAACAUCUUCGAGAAGGUUGAUUAGGAGUCAUAAAAUGAUAAUUUUGACUUUUUUUUUUUUUGUUUAUAUUUUUGCUUGAUGUUUUCCUUGCUCAGAUUAACCAGUAGUCUAUUCUGAAAGCAA